AUGGCGAUCGUCAAAUCAGAGGACAAGCCAAUGGUGGAGGACCCAUCCUCCUUGUCCUAUGCGCAGAUGUCCCAAUUGAAGCUGUACGAGUCAGAGUUGUGGAAAAAAGCUUGCAGGAACUCUGCCUAUUUGAUCAAAGAAAUUCACUACAACACCUUCGCCCGCGAAUGGCGGUGUGUGUGGAGUGAAGACGACGACAAACGCUCUCUGACAGAACUCCAGCGGGUUUUGGAGGAAGUUGCACUUCCCGCACUUCGAAGAGUGCAAGGGGUUCUUUCUGUGCAGCGUGUCGUUUGCGGAUGCAACAAAGAGUUCAAAGUGAUCAGUAAACUAGCACUCGAUGCCUUCGAAGACUGGUCAGGAAUGCAGUUCUACCCAGAAGAGGAGCUGGUUCGGCGAUGGCAUGGCAUUGAAGGUGUCAGCAAAAUUGAGGUUGAGACCUACACAUUGGAACCGGUCUUUGGUCCUGGCAAGUGA